AUGCUUUCUGGGCGCGACGGGGCUUCCUGCAACGCGAGACCGGGUACUGUGAGGACGCCAAGGGGGCUGGACUUAGAAACCGCCGGGCGGCCGUACACAGAGUUGGGGGCCGGUUUGGGGACGGACCGGAAGUGCCCGAGCGCGGCGGCAGAAUGCUCGCCUGAGCGCCUAGAGCUGCCGCACCCACAAACAAUGUUCUUGGUGCGCCUGACUUCUCAGCUGGUCAGGGCUGCUUCACGGGCAGGCCGCAGUCUGCCCUGGCCUGUCUCAGGGGUGCCAGGCGCCCAUGCCUGGAAGCCCUGCUAUAGCACACAACCGGUGGGCCCAAGCAAGGCUGCCUCCCUCCCUGGCAGGGAGGCCCAGCUGGAACUAGAGGAGAUGUUGGUCCCCCGGAAGAUGUCCAUCAGCCCCCUGGAGAGCUGGCUCACUGCUCGCUGCCUCUUGCCCAGCCUGGGUGCUGGGAUCCCAGGGACUGUGACUCCUUCCCAGCUCUAUGAGUGCCCACCUAGUCAUGUGGGGGAGGGGGCUGAGCAGGGGGAUGAGGGUGUCUUGGAUGUGCCCCAGGUACAGUGUAAAAAUGUGCUAAAGAUCCGCCGACGGAAGAUGAACCACCACAAGUACCGCAAGCUGGUCAAGAGGACUCGGUUUCUGCGGCGGAAGGUCCGGGAGGGGCGCCUGAAACGGAAGCAGAUGAAAUUUGAGAGAGACCUGCGACGCAUCUGGUUGAGGGCUGGACUGAAAGAAGCUCCUGAGGGCUGGCAGACCCCUAAGAUCUACCUGAAGGGCAAAUGAAAGUCCCAUUCCCACCUGCCAUUGCUACUGGUGAUCCAUUGUAA